AUGGUUGGAAUCGGGGUUCCCAUUUGCGUGCAAUGUGGGACGAGGAGCAACCCUUGCCGGUGCAAGGUGGUGGGGCCGACACUGGGGUUCGUGGCGUUUGCGGCGGCGGUGGUUGAGUGGCCCGUGGGGGCUCUUGUCUACUGCUUUCGCCACUCAAAGGGUCGUAAAAUUAUGGGUCAUCCUGCUUCCGUCGUAUACCCUUCAGUCACCAAUGCCAUUCCCAUCUAA